CACGGAGUGUUCAUUAAAAAGAGAAGGUUAAUUAUUUUAAUUUAAUGGCGACUCGCAAUCUUUUCUCUAUCCCAAUCUCACCUUCUCGAAUCACAGUUUUGCCAUUCACCUUCCUCCCCACUAACAACGGGACACGACGCCUUGCAAUCGCCGCCCGAUCCCACCGCCGGAAGAUUCGUCGGAGACCUCCGGAUAAAAGAGAUAUGUCCGCCAUAGUUUCAAUCCCGGAGCUUCCUCGCAGGCGGGAUUCUGAGGAAAGCCUGCUUUUAGAUUCUAGAAUUAGUGUAGUUGAAGGAGAUACAUCAAAGACAGAUAUCGAAGGAGAAAGAGAUACUUCUAUUAGAACACAGCCUCGUAAAGGAAGAAACCUUAGUAGCAGAAAGAGAAUUUUCGGUGUUGAGUUAUCACCGGACAAUGUUGCAGUAGCAAUGGUGUAUUUCGUUCAAGGUGUUUUAGGGCUCGCGAGGCUUGCUGUUAGUUUUUAUUUAAAAGACGACUUGCAUCUUGAUCCUGCAGAGACAGCUGUGAUAACGGGGCUUUCUUCAUUGCCAUGGCUUGUUAAGCCUCUCUAUGGUUUUAUCAGUGAUUCUGUACCUCUAUUUGGCUAUCGAAGGAGGUCAUAUCUAGUUCUCUCGGGACUUCUUGGUGCAUUUUCUUGGAGUUUGAUGGCUGGUUUUGUUGACAGUAAAUAUAGUGCUGCUACUUGUAUACUUCUCGGUUCCCUCUCUGUCGCCUUUUCUGAUGUUGUAGUAGACUCAAUGGUAGUGGAACGGGCUCGUGGUGAGUCUCAAAGCGUGUCAGGAUCUCUGCAGUCCUUAUGCUGGGGAUCCUCAGCUUUUGGUGGAAUUGUGAGCUCCUACUUUAGCGGCUCCCUGGUGGAGUCAUACGGUGUGAGGUUUGUAUUCGGGUUGACAGCUUUGCUACCUUUGAUCACUUCAGCAGUUGCUGUUCUCGUGAACGAACACCGUGUGGUCAGAGCAGCAUCAGGGCAGAAAGAGAACAUAACCUUGGUAAGUCCUGGCUUUCUUCAGACCUCAAAGCAGAACAUGAUUCAGCUAUGGAGUGCCAUCAAGCAACCGAAUGUUUUUCUCCCGACUUUAUUUAUCUUCUUAUGGCAAGCCACACCACACUCCGAUUCCGCAAUGUUUUACUUCACAACGAACAAGCUCGGCUUUACUCCAGAGUUUCUAGGACGAGUUAAACUUGUGACUUCAAUUGCUUCAUUACUUGGAGUAGGACUGUACAAUGGAUUCCUCAAGACUGUUCCAUUGAGAAAAAUCUUUCUCGUGACAACCAUUUUCGGCGCGGGUCUCGGGAUGACUCAGGUUUUCCUCGUGACGGGGUUAAACAGGCAGUUGGGAAUAAGCGACGAGUGGUUUGCUAUCGGAGACUCUCUAAUCCUAACAGUUCUUGCUCAGGCUUCAUUCAUGCCGGUUCUUGUGUUAGCAGCAAGACUGUGUCCAGAAGGAAUGGAAGCAACUCUCUUCGCUACACUCAUGUCAAUCUCCAAUGGAGGCAGUGUUCUUGGUGGACUUAUGGGAGCAGGACUGACCCAAGUAUUCGGCAUCACAAGAGACAGUUUCGGUAACCUGUCAACGCUUAUUAUCCUAUGCAAUCUUAGCUCAUUGCUCCCUCUGCCUCUACUCGGUCUCUUGCCAGAAGAUUCACCAGACACUACUCCUAAAGAGGAUGCAGACAUUGAGAUGAAAUCCAAUUAAGGAAGAUUAUGAUUAUGUAAAAAUGUGAAAUGCCAUACCUUUUGGGGUUGUGGUGUAUUCGGUUCCAACCCGGUGGUUACUUGAGAAGAAUGAAGCAAACUGUUAACUUGAAAACCAUUUCAUAACCACAUCAUGUAACCAAAAAUGUUUGUCAUUUACAAAGAAGUAAAAAAGCUACUUCAAUAUG